CGAACCGAACCGGCUUCUCGUAACCACAUAAACGAAGGUCCUUUCAUUUCGAUAAAUAUCCGCGGAACAGAGCUCUCAAACAAACAAACAAACAAACCCUAAAUCGACGACGAUGAUGAUCAGGCAAGCUGCGAAGAAGGCUCUAGGGAUUACGUCACGCCAAUCAACUCCUUGCUCCGUCGGUAUCUUCCGAUCGUACCAUGAGAACGUCAUCGACCACUACGACAAUCCCCGCAACGUCGGCUCUUUCGAUAAGAACGAUCCCACCGUCGGCACGGGUCUCGUGGGGGCUCCCGCCUGCGGUGAUGUAAUGAAGCUGCAAAUCAAGGUCGAUGAGAAGACCGGUCAAAUCAUCGAUGCUCGCUUCAAGACCUUUGGUUGUGGCUCCGCCAUCGCCUCUUCAUCUGUCGCAACUGAAUGGGUGAAAGGGAAAGCUAUGGAGGAAGUCCUGACCAUCAAGAACACCGAAAUCGCCAAGCAUCUUUCUCUCCCACCUGUGAAGCUCCAUUGCAGUAUGUUGGCGGAGGACGCCAUCAAGGCAGCUGUGAAAGAUUACAAGGAGAAGCGUGUGAAGACAAAUGGUGCUUGAGAAACCACGCAGGCUUGAUUCCUUCUGUUGAUGUUUAUACCAUUAUGUGUAUAUGAUGGUGAAAACAGGGGAGUUGUAGAAGAGGACCUAUAUGGUUAUGUUCUCUUAAAGGUUCAAGUCUAAGAAGUACUUUUUAAUAAACUCUGUUUGACAAAAACAUCUGAGAAGAAUGAUUUACUUUUGCUCUGUAGUCUUUGUUGUUUGAUGUUUUGUAAUGAUUUUUCCUUUCUUUGUGAGAUUUAUAUCAUGGAGUAUUUUGAUA